ACACCAUCAAAUGCCAAUAUUUCCGCCAAUAAAACCAUUCUUAAACCCUUCCCUGACAGCGCACAUGAGUUUCUUGAUUUCAACCCCACCACAGUUCUUGAAACACUCUCUUCUUACAACAAUGACUGCAAAAGGGCAUUGGAUUUCUUCAAUUGGGUCGAAAUCCAAUGUGGGUUCCAGCACACGACCGAAACUUACAACCGGGUCAUUGAUAUUCUUGGUAAGUUUUUUGAAUUUGAUAUUGCAUGGGAUUUGGUUGAAAAAAUGAGGAAAAGUUCGGCUUUUUCAAAGCCUGAUCGAACAACAUUUAGGAUUCUGUUUAAGCGUUAUGUUUCAGCUCAUCUUGUCAAAGAAGCUAUUGAUACUUUUAAUAGAAUGGAAGAAUUUAAUUUGAAAGAUGAAGGUUCCUUUUCGAAUUUGAUUGAUGCCUUGUGUGAAUAUAAGCAUGUGAUAGAAGCUGAAGAAUUGUGCUUUGGAAAGAAUGGAGAUUGUGCUGAAGUGCUAAACUACAAAUUGGAUACGAAAAUAUACAACAUUAUUCUUCGCGGGUGGUUUAAGAUUGGGUGGUGGAGGAAAUGUAGGGAGUUUUGGGAAGAAAUGGAUAAAAGGGGUAUUCCAAAAGACUUGCAUUCUUAUUCUAUAUAUAUGGAUAUACAAUGCAAGAGUGGGAAGCCUUGGAGGGCAGUGAAAUUGUUCAAGGAGAUGAAAAAGAAGGGGGUUAAGUUGGAUGUAGUGGCGUAUAACACACUUGGUCGGGCUAUUGGGAUUUCAGAAGGGGUAGAUGUAUCACUUAAGCUUUACCGAGAGAUGAUUGAAUUAGGUUUUCGACCAAAUAUAGUGACUUAUAUCACAAUUUUGAAGCUUUUGUGUGAAAAUGGGAGGUACAAGGAUGCGCAUAAAUUUUUCAAUGAGAUGUUAAACAAGGGUUGUGAACCAAAUGUAAGAACGUAUAAUUGCUUUUUUGGAUGUCUUCAAAAGCCUGGAGAGGUUCUAAAGUUGUUUGAUAGGAUGAUUGAAACUGGAGUUCAGCCAACAAUGGAAACAUAUGUCAUGCUUAUGAGGAAGUUUGGGAGGUGGGGUUUUCUACGACCUGUUUUACUUGUCUGGAAGAAGAUGGAAGAGCAUGGAGUGAGUCCAAAUGAAUUUGCUUACAAUGCUUUGAUUGAUAUUUUGGUGCAAAAGGGUAUGGUUGAUAUGGCACGUAAGUAUGAUGAGGAAAUGAUGGCUAAAGGGUUAUCUGCUAAGCCCAGGGUAGAACUUGGGACCAAGCUGAUAAGUGGUGGACCUGAAGAUGGUUGACUGCACUUCUUGUUUCAUGACAAGAAAUGUCUAAUUUGCAGCUCAAGUGACUGCAUCAGUGGAUUAUGAUUGUUCAUCUAUUGAAAGAUGCUGCAAUCUUCUUUGCCGAGCGUUAUUCUUUAAUUUGUGUUCGAUGCGUUGAUAAACUUGCUUUGGUAUUUGUGAGUGGACAGUAGAUUGAAAGAUCUGUGGUGAAAGAUGCUUGGCGCAGAGAACAUGGGUAGGUGGAUCCAAAUGCAUGAAUGGUCUCUUGGGGAAUUGGAGGUUUUAAACUGCAAUUUCAAGGUCAUGGUUCUCCUUUAUAAAGCUGAAAGUGUGAUCAUGAAACUUUGGAGAUUGUAUUUUCAGUCCCUUGCAUGGAAGACAACUUUGAGAUUCUUACAUCCCAAGCAGGACGUUCAUUUAUUAGACCAAUCAAGAUAAGGCAAUGGUAAACAUAUAUUUUCAAAUUCAGUUGCUCUUCAAUUCAGUAUAUUGUGCUAUGUAAGUGGUUUGAUGGAAUAGAAGUUUAUAUUCACUAGUUACUAAAAACUCAAUUAAACAAAUACGUUAGGGAAAGGUGUAAUAUUUUCAUGACAUUUAAGAAGAUCUACAUUUCAUACUAUUGGUUUUGACAACUGCAAAAUUUAGACCUUGAAAUUGGAGCUGCGUCUGAUAUUUCUCUGAUCAAUUUUCAACCAAAGAAAGGUCUGCGGAUUUCACAAACAGUGUAUGUGCAUUUGGACAUACUAGCUUCCUAAAAUGUAGAAAAGAUGGCAUCUUCUUUAAUAGCUGAAAUGGAAGAUUCUGAGGAGAAGUUUUAUGUUUUUGCUUAUGUUCUUAAAUGAUGAAAUAUUAUGCAUUGACUUCUAAAUCACUCCAUGCUGUUAUUAAUCUGUUUCUUUUUUGGUAUCUUCAAAAGUCUACUUAUGUUCCAGUUGUGUGUGAGUGACACAUCACAUGCGGACAUGGAAACAGUUUUACGCUUGGCUCGCAUGCUAGGGGUAAAAGAUUAAGUGGGAGAAUUCCGAAAAGCCUGAGAGAAUUCAAUGGUGAUACCAAGAUGGGACUAUAGGAUUUCAUUUGGGACGCCAUGCAUGUUUCGGCAGCAGAGACUACGACAAAGUCGCCUUUGAACAUUUUCGCAGACAUACCACUUUGUUGUCCUGACACGAAAAUCACACAGCAGACUGCUAUCUAUGUUGCAAUGACGUUACAAAUUUGCUGAACUUUGCCUCAUGAAUUGCCCGUGAGCUAAUGAUCAAUAGAAACAACUUAUUCUCU